GUUGCUUUAAUCCAGAUGCUGAUGUUGCACAAUUUAUAAUUAAAAUUCUACUAAAACCCACAACAGUUAAAAUAACCAAUAUGUUGCAAAUACCAUUGAAAAAAUAUAUUUUUGUGAUAAUUAGCAACAACUUUUACAAACAUUUCUUUCAGGUAGACCAUGAACAUCUCCAGAAAAGUGUAUUUUAGAGUGUCUUAGAUUAGGUAUAUUUAAUGAAUUGCAUUGUUGAACAAAAAUUAAUAAUAAUAAUAAAUGUAAGAAUAAUAUAACUGUAAUUACUCACAAUUAUACUUUGUGAAUGAUUUUUGGAAUGAUGCAUACAACACACACCUAGGUCCCAUUAGAUUCUUUAAAUAUGGUAAUUAACUAAAGUCAAGUAGAUUUUAAUUUAAUGCUUGAAUAUGCAGACUUAUAUAAUCCCACCCCUGUUUUACUUUGAAGGCCAGUAGAGCAUUUACGAUUCAUAAUAAUUUUACAACAAACUUAAAGCCUAUUUUUCGUAAAGACCAUCACUGGCUGCUCAUUUGUAGAUCCUAGGGUCGUCUAAGCUCUUUCCUGUAUUUAGCUUAGUGUUCUUUAGAUUAUAAUUAGAAAAGAAAUGAAUUAUCUCUAUUUUAUUCACUUUUUUCUGAAUUACAAAGAUUUUUCUAACUUUUCAAAAUUUUUCUCCACCCUUGUGACAUGACACAACCCCAUUAAACAAGCUAAACUUAAUUUUUGCUUCCCUGCGAUUCAAGGUGGCGUUAUCCAUCAAAUUAGUAGGCAUGCCCCGAACAUUUGGAGUGUCUGAAAAAGCUUCGCUCUGAGACAGAGGGCCUCAUAUUUACUGAAUAACAGCUGUUUGGAUGAGAGCAGCCUUGUUACCGAAAGUGAGUCAGAUGUGUGGUUGUUCUGAAUAAAUGAAUCAGUUUCUUUAGAACCCACUUUCUUUAGUAAUAUCCAUUAGUGUGUGUUGCUUCAUGCUCUUAUAAAUUGGUUUAGUCACAGCUACAUUACCUUAAGGUGUGUUUAAGUCCUAAUCUCGACAAAUAAUGUUAUAUUUACUUGAGAUGAGGAUAAAAAGAGCAUCCUUUUUUUUUGGAUGCUCUGCAGGUGGUUCCUUUUUCCUUUUUUGUUCUAUUUAAUCUGUUCUUUUUAGUCAAUGUGGUCACAAGAAGAAUUGAAAGGAUAGAAAUUUGUAAUGGUUUAUGCUGAAUUACUGUUAGGCAAUGACUAGUUUUGACACAAUAUUGGAAACACAUGGUAGGAGACUGGAUAUAAUUUCCUCAUGCUGCUGGAAUGGUGACUGUUCGUUCUGACCAGAUGUGUGUACAUGAAACUGUCUGCGUCUUUAAGAGUCACAGAAGGAAAUACUAAUUCUGCAGUUGACCUUCUAGAGAGUAAUGAUGGCAUCAGUGGAAAGCGAUCAAAGUGGCUUUAUAAUGUCAACGCACUAUUAAAGAAACUUCAAAGACAAAAUGCUAAUGAAUGCCAACUCCAUGUAUUUAUUGGUUUGCUGGAUCAACCGCGCGUAAUGAUGCAGUCGAGCUGUGGCGGGGAGAGGCUGUGCUCACAGCAGCAUCAAGCCCUAACUCUGUUUAUAAGGUCUAGUGUUCACUUUACCUCAUAAAGCCGGGAGUUCGAUUCCUUCUGUGUGUGAUUGAGUUUUACAUGGAAUCGUUUCAUUAGUGGCUUUGCCGUUCACUUACUACUGCAGAACUCUGUUAUCCUGCACAUGUGUUGUUUAAGUCACCGGACAAACUUUGCGAGAAAAUGAUCUUAACAAAAGUCACAAAUCUCAACAGGGGACCUUUCCAAAUGUCUUAUUUGGUAAUAACAAGCAAAAAUUGCAGUAAUUCAUGUGAAUGUUUUCACUUCAUCAUACUUAUUUAAAUGAUGAAUUUGACCAUAAACCGGUAAUGUCCUUGAGGUAACAUCUCAUUUGUAGAGCAAAAAAGCACAGGAUAGACUUAGUAAUGAUUUAUUUAUGUACUAAAAAAAAAAGAGCAAGUAGGCUUUUCUAUGUGUUCUUUCCUUUUGUAUCUGUCUUUGUGAUAAUGACAUCAGAAGUUGGAUCCUGUGUGAUUCAUGCAUUUGUACAACUAAAUUGAGUUGAAGCAUCUUUCUAUCAAUGAUUGCGGAUUUACUUAGUAAAAAUUCAGAAUUAUAAACAAGAAUUAAAAGAAAAAAUCAUUUAUAGUAUGUUAGAGUUGGCAUGAGGCUUUAAACCAGAGCUGUGUUGUUUCAUCAUCUUCUUCUGGUGAAUCCAGACAGAUUUUACUUUGUGGGGGGAUCUAAGAUCCUUAGUUUGCAUGAUGCUAAUUUGUGGUCUGCAAUUUUUUCUGUCAACAGAACAUUUCAGUUUGUGUUAAAAGAUCUGUCUAUAGUAUUCUAAUAGUUAAGAUGGGAAGGUCCAGUCUGUUGGUUUCGUGUUGACUCUGUGGGUGCCAGUGAAUUAUUCAAAUCCAACCAGGGCUGGGUUUAGCCAGCCUCACUAUGCAGUGCAGGUAGAACAUACAGUGGGGGCAAGUCUGGGUGUGCUGAGAGUUUAGGGUGUCACGUCCCUCCAAGCCCCUAAAAUGCUUAGAAAACCAUGCUAUCAUCAUACCGGAUGAAAGAAAAGAAAACAGUUACUGUAGUUCAAUCAGUUCCAGCAGCAUGUUGUUACUCUGCAAAAGUCAAAAAUCCACUACAGAAUUACAAAAAUCUUUAAAAUACUUUCACGCAUGAAAAUAAAAAAGAAUGGUUUUAACAGUGAUUCAGAUGCUUGGACAGAUCAUUCAAAAGCAUUUGUUUUCUGUCAUAGUUUUUAUGUCUCAUCGUAAUGAUUAGUGCAUAAGUAGGUUUAGGCGUUGACUGACUGAAAUUAAAAUGAUCUUCACUGAGAGAAUUCAAUAAUAAACCAUAAAGUCUAUGAAUCAUUUUUCUUUUUAGCAGUUUUUCUUGUUUUUCCGGCAACAAACAGCUUUUCUGUUUGUUAAAACAGGUAAAGCUGUUGUUAGGACCAAAUUUUGUUUUUGAAUAAAAAUGAGUCAAAUAAUUUGAUAUAUUGGACGUGUUUUGAAUCAAAGCUGAAUCUGCUAGUUUUCCUUUAGUGAUUUACCAAAAUAUGAGUUAACAAAUGAGUUAACUUGUUUUCUUUGAGCUAAUUUAUGUUUUUCAAUACGUGAUGGCAUAGCAGAGCAUCUUUUUGCCAUUAUGACCAGAGUGGUUAUCUGCUGCUCAGAAAUGGAAAUUGACCUUUGGUGGAGUUGCAGAUGUUUGGUCAGCCCUGUGGGCCUCCACUCUUGUCAACACAGAGCGACACGGCGAAGAUUUCACUAUGCAUGAAGUCAGAAGUAUGGCUGUCAGGUUGCUGCAGUAAAAUGGAAAAAAAGGGAGUCACAUUAGUUUUGACAGAUGCUUCUAACCAAGUCGUGCUCGGCAGUAUCAGCUGACAGAAUCAGCAAUCUUCCUCAUGCCUCUGCAGUUUUAUCAGUUCCAAACACUUGCUGAAGCAGCCCUGAUGGAUUCUACCUGCUUCUCAGUCCAGCUUCAACUGACCCAUUUACACAUUUAAUGCUAGCAUGUCACUGUUCUGCAAACUGAAGAGCUCAUCAAAUAUUUGACAUAAAAAAAAAAUCAAUCUCCUCUUACCAGUGGGACGUAAUGAAGAGGUCAGGCUGUGCCAGUAUUUACUUUGACAUCCUCUUAAGUCUUGCUAAAACAGAAUUAUGAAUAACUGUAUUAAACCUUAAGUACAAAGGUGGUAAAUUUCAUAUUCUGAUUUGAACUCUCUUGAACCCGUCUGCCACCAGUUGUUCGGCUCCACACAACUGGCUCCAUAGCUUUCAGCUCAUAUCCCAGUCAGCGUUUGUGGUCGAACGUGGCUCAUUUGCUAUCACGUAUAGUUAACUAUUUAUUGAGCUGGAAAUAAAAAGGCUGCAUUUGUGAAUGGUCCCUUUUAGCUUGUGUUUGGACAUCUACUUACUUCUGGUCUCUAACCUUUGAAGUCAAAUUUCCUGAUGUUCGUUUCCACUGUUUGCUCAGAGUUUUAUAUUCAAUCACUGCGUCUAGCAGCUAUAUGACUGAUCUUGUGCAUCUUUCCAGUUUUAUCUCUGAGCAGAUCCUUGAUCCAAACACCUAUAGAGACAUCAACAGUCCCACAUUUUUCUUUAUUACUAGGUUUUAUUUUGCCCAUCAUCCGCCUCUCAGUUUGCAUUUUUGAUCCAGGAUGAGGACUGACAGGAAAUAUUGACGUGACAAUUGCUGUUUCCUGGACUUGCUCCCAAAUCAUUUCCAAAUCCAAAGUUGGCGUGUCAAUCAGCUGAACCGCACUGCGCCUCUGCUCUAAAUCCCAAGAGUCAUUUCUCUCCAUUCCUACUACAAACCUGUCCCAUCAGAAAUUCCACUGAAUCCAAAAGCUCAGUCAAUGUCUUCUUUUUGCGUGUUUAGCGGGACACUUUAUGUUAUAUUCUUUUAUUUGACGCUAAAACAAAAGUGCAGCCAGCAGAGCACUGGGCUGGAAUAAUUGUGGAUCUGGAAGCCGGUCGAUGGACUCUGCAGUGAUGAAAAUACAAGUUGCGUCAGUGGACAAGUGAUUGUUUCUGUGUCUGUUGAAUAUCACAGAAUGUCAUCCCGACAUCUCUGUGACUCUAGAAUGAUGAGGAGCUCAGGCAUAAACCAACAUCAGCAAAGAGGCUUCUUUUUGUUAGUUUCUUGUGGAAAUAGACAGUAGAGGCGCAGACAGACCUUUAAUGAAUAAGGAACCAAGGCGUCCACAUGAGGCCUGGCGCUGAGACGUUUGCAAAAGGUGAACUUUAUCACCUAAACACACCUCAGGGCUCCACCUCCACAGCUGGAGAUCAGCUUUGAUGUGGAGAAUGGCCUGUCGGUGGGACGCAGUCCACUGGACUCUCAGACUAGCCCGGGCUCUGGUCUGGUUCUUCAGGGAAACUUCCCCCACAGUCAGCGCCGCGAGUCUUUCCUUUACCGCUCUGACUCAGACUUCGACCUGUCGCCCAAAGCCAUGUCCCGCAACUCUUCCACAGCCAGCGACCUGGAGGAGGGAUUGAAGAAUUGGGAAGUCAGUUGGCUACCUCGGCAUGGAGAAGACAUGAUAGUAACUCCGUUUGCACAAGUUCUUGCCAGCUUACGAACAGUGAGAAGUAACUUUGCUGUUCUGACACAUCUCCAAGAUCGCUUGGGAAACAAAUGGCCACCAGGCAGCACCCAGCCACCCAUAUGUAAACCAUGUCUCGCAGAGGAGCCCUAUCAGAAGCUAGCGAUGGAGACGCUGGAGGAGCUGGACUGGUGUCUGGAUCAGCUUGAGACGCUGCAGACGAGACACUCAGUGAGCGAUAUGGCGUCCAAUAAGUUUAAGAGGAUGCUGAACCGCGAGCUGACGCAACUGUCAGAGACGAGCCGCUCAGGGAAUCAGGUGUCAGAGUUCAUCGCCAACACCUUCCUCGAGAAGCAACAUGACGUGGAGAUUCUGUCUCCACCUCUUAAAGAGAAGGAGAAGAAGAAGAGGCCGAUGUCACAGAUCAGCGGCGUGAAAAAGGCAACGCAAAGCCCGAGUUUACCACCUGCAAGCAUCUCUCGCUUCGGAGUCAACACACCACAUGAGAGCCUGCUGGCCAAAGAAAUUGAGGAUAUUGAUCGGUGGGGAAUGGACAUUUUUAAGAUUGCAGAAUAUUCAGGAAACCGCCCUCUGACAGUGAUCAUGUACUCCAUCUUCCAGGAGCGAGAUCUUCUGAAAACCUUUAAGAUUCAAGCUGACACCUUUAUCACCUUCAUGAUGACAUUAGAGGACCAUUACCAUGCAGACGUAGCCUAUCACAACAACAUCCAUGCAGCUGACGUGGUGCAGUCCACCCAUGUCCUCUUGUCCACACCUGCUUUGGAGGCUGUGUUCACAGACUUGGAGAUCAUGGCUGCUCUGUUUGCCAGCGCCAUUCAUGAUGUCGACCAUCCAGGAGUCACAAACCAGUUCCUCAUCAACACCAGUUCUGAGUUGGCGCUGAUGUACAACGACGCAUCAGUGCUGGAGAACCACCACCUUGCUGUGGGCUUCAAACUUCUGCAGGAAGAAAACUGUGACAUUUUUGAGAACCUCAGCAAGAAGCAGAAAGACUCCCUCCGCAAGAUGGUCAUAGAUAUGGUGCUGGCCACAGAUAUGUCCAAACACAUAAACUUCUUGGCAGACAUGAAAACAAUGGUGGAGACGAAGAAGGUGACAAAUUUGGGAGUGCUGCUGCUAGACAACUACUCUGACCGCAUCCAGGUUCUACAGAACAUGGUCCAUUGUGCUGACUUAAGCAACCCAACCAAACCUCUGGAGCUUUACCGUAAGUGGACAGACCGCAUCAUGGUGGAGUUGUUCACGCAGGGAGACAGAGAACGGGAGAAAGGCAUGGAGAUUAGUCCCAUGUGUGAUAAACAGAAUGCCUCCAUAGAGAAGACUCAGGUGGGGUUCAUUGACUAUGUUGUGCACCCGCUGUGGGAAACCUGGGCAGACCUAGUUCACCCUGACGCCCAGGAGAUCCUGGAUACUCUUGAGGACAAUCGGGAGUGGUAUCAGAGCAUGAUCCCACGCAGCCCUUCACCCACGAGCCCAGAAGAGCACCACAAUGAGGGGAGGCCAUCCGAUGGAGCUGUCGGGACAGGAGGCCUUGCUCAUUUAGGAGGUGGAGGAGACAAGUUCCAGUUUGAACUCACGCUUGAGGAAGAGGAGGAAGAAGUGGACUCUGACCUGGAAAGCCCCAUAGAGGAGGAGUCACAGACAUCGAGGGACAGACAUCUAGACUCUUCCUCCCCCUCUCUUUCUCCAGACCCCCGUAACAGCAGGUACCGCCCCCCAUCGCCUCACCCCUCUAGGACUCUGAAUCAGACUUCGAUGUCAGUGCGGAGCCUCAACUCCCACAGGAUGCUGGCCUCCCCGGGGCGGGAAGCUGUUCAGGACAGAGAGCCAAGCCAGGACGGUGACAGAGUGACCUGCCUGCACAUGGGCACGUAAUAAUCAGCACAAGCUGCCCUGCCACAGAGACACGAGUGCUGGGCAUAGGGAGGUGUGAGCAGGGCAAGCCUUUACCAAUAAAGUCUGUAAGAUUACCACAGUCCCUUUACACUGGAGAAACCUCUCUGGAAAAAACACAGGAACGUUCUUCCUCUGUCUUUUCUUUUUUUUUUUUUUCAGCAAGAUGAGUUAUUUUAGUCUCCGUCUGAGUGCCUGAUUCGGCCUAUUAGUCCAGUCCUGGCUUGGAGUAGCUUCAGUCUGAGGAUUUCCAGACAACAACCGCUCAUUUAACUGGGAAGAGGAGUGGAGCCGAGGCUUCCACACAAAGAAAGGAUAACGAAGUUAAAGGAAAUGUCUUCCUUCAAAAUAACUGUGACAUUCAAAUGUGCAGCGAAUUUGGAUCGCGGUGGUGUGACAGGGUCCUGGAAACUAUUUUGCACCAUAGAUUUACCUUGGGAUACAAUUUUAAUAAGUUCUGGUUGGGAUAAAUGAGUAUGAUUUCUGUGUUUGAGAAUGAAUCGUGAGACAAAUCACCUAACCAAAUCCGAGAUUUAGAUAAGCAAGAAGAAAAUUGAUGGACCUCAAACCUCAGGGUAUGAAGAGAAACCUAAUUCUAAUGUAGCAAAGAUGUACGGGGUACUGCUGAUCUUACCUUGAACUGUCCUUCCUAAUAGGCUCCAAACCAGAGACCAAUGCGGUUUUGCUGAACAAAAGGGUCUCUUCAUACACGUGAAACCCUUUAACAGAGAAUUAGACAACUGUAGUUGACUGAAUCCCUAAACCAGCUUGUAGCAUCACAGAAACAGCAUUCUGUACCCCUCUCUCAGCUAACUGAAGAAACAAUAGACACCACCUGUAUGAUUAGUUUUAGCUUUAAUUUAUUUUUUACCUAAGAUGAUUGUAAAAAAAAUUGUGUUUCAAGUUUAACUUUUCAUACUGUUCCUUGUUGUGCGUUUGCAGGUGUUGUGUGCAUUUCUGUGCUUCGAAAAAAAGCAUUUUUUGAUUCAGGGUGCCUCCGGUUCGCAGUAGCACUUUACCGUCUCUGCCGUUCUGCUCUUCUUUCUAGUCACAAAGGGCUCGACGCACAACAGGCCAACUGAUCACAAAAAAAAUAGUUCAGGAUAUUCUAUAGCAGGCACCAGGAAGCAGGGCAGGAAACAGUGAAAAGCCUCAGCAAAGGGUAUGAUUGACCAGCAUGAGGCCCUCUAGUGGUAAAAGUUGGAAAUACAAUACCCGAAGUUUUGCAAGAGAUAAAUCUGCUAUUAUGAGGUUUCAAACUCACUCAGAUGUUUCAAAAGUGUAUUUUUUUGAUGGCACAAAGAUAUGUGAUACGUUUUGAUGAUCUCUAUGGCAAAAUCUAACUACAGCAAAAGUCUGUAGCUUCAAUAUUGGUUCUCCUGUAAAUCAGUGUGCCUUCUAAUGUGGCUCCGUGUGAGAACAGCCCUUUGAAAUGCUGAUCUGGUUCAACUUUGCUUUAAGUAAGGGAUCAUGAGAGCUCAACAAGAGUCCAACCGGAUCUGUUUAAAGCACAUGCCAAACUUUUAACUCAAUUAGGAACAUUCCUGAAGGAGAAAAAAAAUGAAUGCAGCCACAGAUUUGAAGACACUCAUCAAAGUUUCAUUAGAAUGUUCCUCGAAUUGACUAUCUAAUUGCUCUAUGAUAAGUAAAAUAGAGGUCUGUUGUUGUGCCCUGCUGACAGGUUCUGCUGUAGAGCUCAGUUUUGGAAACAAAAGUGUAAAACUAAGGUUACAGGUCAUCCUUAAUAUGUGGAGUUUAAUUUUUGGAUGAAAAUAUACCAGAGGUGUUGGCACACACACACACACACACCUGCCAGCCUACAUUACUGGACAUUUUUACACUAAAGAUUUUAAACCGAUGAUUGUGUCAUUAAUUUUACAGUGUUAGUUUUUACCAAAUGAGACACGUUAACAGUAUUUUAAAGCCGACAUUUUCUUAGAUUUUGUGCCGUUUAGGUUCUUUAGCCCUUUCUGCUAUUCGAAUAGCUGAGACUUGAAAAUUUGUGUGUCAUGAUUGUAUGUACUCAGUCCAGAGUUGCAUUUGUUCCCAUCUCUGAGUAGAAAUUCAAUGAAGAACAGUGGUGGACAAAAUUGUUGGUACCCCUCAGUUAAAGAAAGAAAGUCCACAAUGCUCACUGAAAUGACUUGAAACAUUCAAAAGUAACAAUAAAUUCAAAUUUAUUGAAAAUUAAAUAAUCAAAAUCAGCCAUUACUUUUGAGUUGUGGAAUUAUGUAAAAAAUCAAACUAAUGAAAUCGGGCUAGACAAAAUUUAUGGUACCUCCAUAAAAGACUGAGAACUGAUUGCCCAGGGGGUCAUGAUGAACACAGGUAUGUCCUUCAAUUGACAUCCUAGCUGUUUUCAAACCCAUAAUCAAAAGAGCCCAGAACAACCUCCAAA